CAUAUGAAGUCACCUUUCUUUGUAUCCGCUAAUCAUGUUUUGCUUUGGGCGGGCUCGGCGCACAACAUACCAUUAGAAAAAUAAAUCGUGAGUGGAAGUGUUUGACAUGAGGAUAAAGGCAACUGUCAGUCUGAGACGGGAACAGAUUCACGAAGACGGAUAACUGUACAAACAAGUCAACAAAGGACGUAUUUGUCAGAUGUCCGAAUCUGAUUUUGGAUAUUGUCGCGGCUGUCCCAUUUCCAAACGGAAACCACAGCUAGCUUAUGUUCUGGACAGCAAGCACGCGCUAGCUAGUUAGCUUAUUCUCUAUUGUAGGACACGUUUCAUCAUUUAAAAUACAAAACUGAAUGUUGUUUCAGUCAUGAGUCCGGCCGGGUGCUCACAUGUGAACGCUUAUAAGGUGGACAAUUGGAGGCAAAACCUACGAGUCAUAUAUCAAUGCUUUGUUUGGAGCGGGAAUGCUGAAACCAGGAGACGAAAGGUGCUUCAGAAUGAUGUCAGAUGGACAGCAUUGGCCAAGUCGUGUAUCUGUCACAUGUGCGGCGCCCACCUGAACCGGCUCCACUCCUGCCUGUCCUGUGUCUUCUUCGGCUGCUUCACCAAGAAACACAUCCACGAGCACGGCAAAAACAAACGACACAACCUAGCAAUAGACUUAUUAUAUGGUGGAAUAUAUUGUUUUGUGUGUCAAGACUACAUAUACGACAAAGAGAUGGAACAGAUUGCCAAAGAAGAACAGAGGAAAGCCUGGAAAUUGCAAGGUGUAGGGGAGAAAUACUCGACGUGGGAGCCUACGAAGCGAGAGCUGGAGUUACUACGGCACAAUCCAAAGCGAAGGAAAAUCACUACAAACUGCACCAUUGGUUUACGAGGGUUGAUCAACCUGGGCAACACGUGCUUCAUGAACUGCAUCGUCCAGGCCCUCACCCACACCCCCCUGCUGCGGGACUUCUUCCUGUCCGACAGGCACAAGUGUGAGAUGCAGUCCAACUCCUGUCUGGUGUGUGAGAUGUCACAACUCUUUCAGGAGUUCUACUCGGGCCACCGUUGGCCCCACAUUCCCUUCCGGCUGCUGCACCUGGUGUGGACUCACGCACGUCACCUAGCGGGCUACGAGCAACAGGAUGCCCAUGAGUUCCUCAUCGCAGCGCUGGACGUGCUGCACCGGCACUGCAAAGGAGACACCACCCGAGAUGACAACGGGAAGAAGGCCAACAAUCCGAACCACUGUAGCUGCAUCAUUGACCAAAUUUUCACCGGCGGCCUCCAAUCAGACGUCACCUGUCAAGUCUGCCACGGUGUGUCCACCACAAUAGACCCAUUCUGGGACAUAAGUCUGGACCUGCCGGGCUCGUCCACUCCCUUCUGGCCCCUCAGCCCCGGGGGAGACGGCUCAACGGUCAACGGAGAGAGCCACCUCUCAGGGGCCACCACGCUCACAGACUGUCUACGCAGGUUCACUCGGCCUGAGCAUCUAGGAAGCAGUGCCAAAAUCAAAUGUGGUGGUUGCCAUAGUUACCAGGAGUCCACCAAACAGCUGACGAUGAAGAAGCUCCCCAUCGUGGCGUGUUUCCAUCUCAAACGGUUUGAACACUCUGCAAAACUGAGGAGGAAGAUCACCACAUAUGUCUCCUUCCCUCUAGAGCUGGACAUGACACCUUUCAUAGCUUCCAGUAAAGAGAGCAGAGUGAAUGGCCACUAUCAACAGACAGUAGAUGUGUUAAACAACGACAAUAAGUAUUCUCUGUUUGCGGUGGUGAACCACCAGGGCACCCUGGAGAGCGGCCACUACACCAGCUUCAUCCGCCAACACAAGGACCAGUGGUUCAAGUGUGACGACGCCAUCAUCACAAAGGCCAGCAUCAAGGAUGUGCUGGACAGUGAAGGGUAUCUCCUAUUCUAUCACAAGCAGUUCCUGGAAUAUGAGUAGCCUUACCUUGGAGACCGCUGACUCUGCGGAGAACCAACCCAACGCUCAAAGAGAUGAGAGGAACCAACCAAUAACUGGGGAACAGAGGACGAUAAAACACGAACACACAGAGAGUCUAACAUAAACAAUGACUAAUAAAUAGUGAAAAUUCAUGCAAAACCUGUGUUCAAAAACAGCACUGAGCUCCCGGCAUCUACUUGACACACUGAAUAGAGAAAGAGAAGGAGGAAAAGUGGAGUGGCAUGGGGGGGAGGAGCCCUCCCCUCACUCUCCCUCACUCCGCCCCUUUUCUGACAGUGGGGCGGAGCCUUGGCGAGAGUGAUUGACAGUUCUGUGGAGAGGAAAGAGGGCACAUUGGGGCUACAAACCCCAAAAACGACAGUAUUCGAUUCUGACUUCCUGUUUCUUUCCUCAUGGUGCUCUCGUUUCAACUGACCAAGCAUUUACCAUACAGUCACGAUGGGAUGAGAUUGUAGACGUCUUCAGAUCCAUACAGAACUGAAUGCAAAAACUAUAUAUACUACAACAACAAAACAAAAGUAUGGUAUUAUUUUUUUUAAACAGCAAACAUUUUCUUUUUUCCUAAAAGAUAUGGUUAUGAUUCUUAUCAUUUGAAUUUAGUUCUGGAAUGCUGUAUGAUCCCUCUAGUACAUCUAUUUUUUUAAAGAGGAAAAGUCAGAGAACUGAGAGCGCGAGACGCCAUCCUUGCUAGUUUCCUGGUAAGCGUAGCCAAACACGAAAAAUGGACUUGGAGCAAACUGAACGUACCCGUGUUCAAACUAUUUUUUGUGUUUUUAUUUUUUUGUUUAAUUUCGGUUGAGGGCAGGGAAUAUCAAUUUUUUUAUUUAGCGACUCGUUCAUUGAAAUUCUUUGUUUACCGUUUCUUUCCAGUGUCCAUGUUCUUCUAGUCGUUCUGUUUUGUUGCGGUGCAGUAAUGUCCCUUCCUUGUUGUCAUGGUACCUUCAGAAGAUGUUUUUUUGGAUGUAGUAUUCUUUAUUAUCGUGGAAAGUUUUGUUGGGUAUAUAAUGAUGGUGGUGAUUUAAAUUGGCUCACUUUUGGCUGUUGAAACAUGUAUUUUGGGGAUAAGCUGUAGGUUUCUUGUGGCAUUAUGAAGUAGAGGCAACUGUAGCUUGGUCACAGAUCUGUUUGUGAUGUCUUGCUAGCUGGCAUGAUAUCACAAACAGAUCUGGGAGCAGGCUAGGCACAGUAUGCAGUAUAUUUAGAGGAUUAGAGGCCAUGGCUAUCAGACUGCUGUGGGUCUUUUUAGAAUGCAACCACUCAAACUGAAGCCCUCUGCAACACAGUAGGGUGCAUACCUGGGGGAAAUCGCUUGCUAUUCCCCAUAUACUGCAGAGACAAAUGUAGUGCUCUAGGGAAUAGUGUGCCAUUUCGAACACAGACCUAGAAUCCGUCAACUAAAGCGAUGUGCUAACGUAAGCAUACUGCAACACAGCUGUGCAGGUCUAGGGCAAAACUGAAAUGGCUCACUAUUCCCUAUAUACAUAGGGAAUAGUGUACCAUUGUGGACGCAUGUCAGUCUUAAUGUCACCUUGGGCAAUAAUACCUCCAUGCCUACAGCUCUUCUCUGUUACAAGACUCCAUUGACCAUGAUGUUUGUACUGUACUGGUGUU